UCGUCGUCGUCGUCAUCCGCGACUCACAUCCUCCCCGCCCUUCAACAUGCCCUCACCCGUCUCUCCAUCACAACCCCUCGUCUCAUACCCUCACCAGCCACUCAGCCACGACGCGCCUCUGUCGCGCUCAUCAUUCGUGUGCGACCUCGCCCGGAGGAUGACGAGUAUCUCGCGAGACAGUACGACGCUGAUGGUCUCCCCUUGCCGGGGUCAGAGGUCGACAGAAUUCUUACCCAGUCAGGACUAGGAAUGGGUCAGAACGAUGGCGCGGUGUCCAGAGCUGCGAGCCAGGUGGGCCAACCCGGCCUCCAUUCGACGCUCUCAUCCUUCUUCUCCCUCCCUUGGGUCAAGCGCGGAACUCCCGAGAUCCUCUACAUCAAGCGCGCCACACGUCCCACCGACAAGUGGUCAGCGCAUGUAGCUUUCCCCGGUGGCAGGAGAGAUGAGACGGACGAGGAUGGCUUGUAUACGGCAAUGAGGGAGACUUGGGAGGAAGUCGGGCUUGAUUUGGCUGAUAGAGACUUCGUCAAUGUUGGGCAGCUGGAUGAUAGAGAGAUUACUAGCUCAUUGGGCAAGAGAUUGUUGAUGGUACUGAGCCCGUUCGUCUUCAUACAGACCACCCCCUUCUCACACCACCCGGAGCUUCAGCCAACAGAAGUAGCCUCAGCGCAUUGGGUCCCUCUCUCGCACCUGUACACCCCCGCACCCAAAUGGGGUGUCGUCUCCAUAGACAUCUCUACGCGUCUAGCCCCCAAAUCGCGGGGCAUACGCAUGCUUCUCCAGGGCUUGCUGGGCAAAAUGGAUUUCAGGUGUAUCCUGCUGCCCAACGAGCCUUGGGCUGUUGCUGGGGAAGAGGGCGAGACGGAGACGCCCAGCAGUGAGGAGGUGGGCCCGAAUGGAGAAAAGGCAAGAGCAGGGGCAGCUGCAAUGACUACGCUGCCUUGGGAGGACGAGAGCAAGAUGGAGUUGAAGUUGUGGGGACUGACAUUGGGUAUGACGAUCGAUCUCCUCGCCCACAUGUCGACCCUCCCGACCUCACCACGGCCCUCUUCCAGCUCCAAUGACCGCCACUCUCAACCAUCGAUGCAUAGCAUCCUCCACCCAUCGCACCAUCAACGGAGCCGUCUCCUCCCAAUCCCGCAAUCAAUUCGCGACGCGACCGCGAGACUACGAUCAGAGCUACACCUCAAUCCUCCACCAAUGGCAAACGCCAAGGCUCCCAGCUUGACGAGCGUAUUCCCCAGAUUCAGUAAUGCGGACGUCAAUUUCUGGAUCUGGAUCUGUGGCUUCCGUUACCGCACGGUCAUCCGUUCAUGGCAAUCGGCUCUCGGCACACCGAUGGAGCGACGCUUCAACUGGUCUGGUCUCGCGCUCGCCGCUUUCUACUCCGCAGUGAGACGGGCGCUGAUUGUUGCCUUGCUGCUGCGGGGAUUGGGAGCCAUCGCCCUGCUCGGGGGCGGGGCUUGGUGGGUUGGA